GACGAACGUCGCGGAACAAUUAUUUUAUUUUGUUUUAAACUGCACGCGGGGAGAGGAAUUCCAAGGAGCAGCUUUCCAGUUCGACGUGGAUAGCGGCGAGAUUAGAAAAGAUCGAAGAGUAUCUAGGGUACUUUCGACGGGUCUAACCUGGCCUAAGCGGGACUCGUCUAUCGUUGCUGACGAAGAAGGCGCAGGUGCACGUUGCAGCAGUGAAAGUAUCCGCGUGCAGUUACGAUCCGGCAUCUGUCAAUGCCCUCUUGCAUAGUCAGUCUUGGUCUAGCGGUGCCGUUUAGCCGGGAACCAACGAUUUGAAGCCCGAUCGUCGAAAGUCCCUCGUCGUCGGUGUUCGCCUCGAGUACGAGACGAGGAUCGUGCUCAGAGUCCAGGUGACCACGGACCCUUCCGCAAAACACCAUCGACGGACAGAUCCCUACAUCCAGCCGAUUAACACCGAGCAACGAUGAUCGGUUCGACGCUGUUUCUCCUGUUGCUGGUCGUGGGUGACUCGACCACUCUCUCCGUCGAUUCGAACCCCGAAUACGUGAAACAGUGUUCGAGGAGCGAUCCGCAGCUAAAAGCUUGCCUGAUCGGUGCCCUGCAUCAUCUCAGACCAUACUUGAGAGUCGGAAUACCGGAAAUCGAGCUGCCCUCGGUCGAACCGUUUCGCAUGGACGAGCUGACUCUGUCCCUGACAGGUGGUGUAAACGGUUACAAGGUCCAGCUACGCGAACUGUUCGUAAAGGGAGCGAGCAACUACACCGUCGAGGACAUCAAACUCGGCUCACCCUUCGACGCUAUUAUUCGAAUGCCAGCCCUUAUCUUGGACGCGCAUUAUUCCAGUUCAGGGGUGUUGAUCAUUCUACCAGCCAGCGGCAACGGAACGUUUCACGCUCGUUUCGACGACGUGAAAGCUCUGGUUAAGGGCACUGUCUCCACGAAAACCAAGGACGAGAAGACGUACCUGAACGUCGAGAAUCUCGACGUCGUUCUGGAUGUGAAAAACGUGCAAAUGAGGGUCCGUAGAAUCUUUAACAACAAUCGGAUACUCACCGAGGCAACCAACCUGUUUUUGCGGGAGAACGGACAGGAAGUGCUAAAGGUGAUGGAACCUCAACUGAAAAGGAAGCUGUCCGUACUUUUCGCUGGCAUCGUCAAUCAAUUGUUACGUCACGUGCCGGUCGAAGUAUUCCUGCUACCUUGAACGUAUUUCUUUCUAUUCGUUGUUACCGCGAUUACCGAUAUCCUCGGCUCUUCUAACGAAGCGUGCAUCGGUCGCGUACAAAUCUAAGCUGUUAGAAUUAGAACAAUCUACGUUGUAAAUAGAGUCGUAACGCACUAAUGGAUCGCAAUGUGGGUUGUAUCGAUAAUGAUAAGUUUAACGGCGAGGCGGUAUCAAUACAAAGUGUAGUUGUAGCGAAAUUCACGGAUCUAUUGGAUUUCUUUCUAGGAGAAUAUAUAUGUAUAUAUUUAUAAGCUCGUAAAUCGUCAGUAAGAG